CACUGAAACUUGCGAAAUCAAGCUGGACUGUAAAGUCCUGACAAGUGCUGAUUCAUUCUUUGAGUCAUUCUUUGGGUUGUGUUGACAGGAAGUGAUGACUUGUCUUGUGAGAGAAUUCCAGACACAGGCACGACUGACAUGUUUGUCCAACAGGUGCUCUGCUAAAACACAUGGCGCCUCAGAGGCGAGAGGGCCUGUCACUGGUCUCAGCCUGUGGGUGGAGAGCAAGAGCGAGCGAGAGAGGAAGGAGGUGAGCGAGAACAGGCAGAGAACCAGAGGCAGUGUUCGACCGACCAGCUCCUGGGACUUGCUUGCUGAAACGGACAUCUGAAGGCAGAGGAAAGCCACAGCUCAGAACCUGCGCGGCACAUCUCUCUCUCUCUCUCCCUCUCUGUGAGCGCGCUCCCUCCGUCCUCCUGAGGCCGUGGCAGCCAUGGCGUCAGAACCAAACACCCAGUCCAGGGUGAUGUUUCAGUCGGUGGACAAAACGGAUGAGCCGGGCCGGCGCAGGAUCGGCAAGCUGACGGUCAAGUACAACCGCAAGGACCUGCAGCGGAGGCUGGACAUCGAGGAGUGGAUCGACGAGCAGCUGCACCUGCUGUUUGACUGCGAGGAGGAAGACAUUCCCGAGUUAGAGAUCGACAUCGACGAGCUCCUGGAGCUGACAGACGAGGGACAGAGGACUCGGCUACAGGAGUUGCUGCAGGAAUGUGGAAAGCCAAAAGAGGAAUUCAUCAACGGGCUGCUCUACAGGAUAAAGGGUCUACGCAAACUGUCCGGGCCCUUGAAGAAGUAACUCCAGGUCAAAUAAGUCAGCGAGUCGACGUGCAGCAGUGGUGUGUGUGUCUGUGUGUGCGAGCGCUUCCCACUUCAGAGAGAGAGAGAGAGAGAGACGACCCCUGCACCCCUCCCCACUGGUCAGUCUCACGCCGCAGUAGCCAGCUCCCCACCCAUUUUUGUACGACUUUAUUUGAUUUGAAGGACUUGGACACGAUAAACAACCCGACAUGUCUCCUUAUGUUGUGUAGGACUCCAUGUUUUUGCCUAUUUAUGUACAGAUAUUUUUGUUCAGUCAAUAAAAGGGAACCUUUUCAGGAUCGUGUCGUCCGUGAGCGAAGGCUCCGCUUGCAGCUUCCCAUGAAUCUGGAAAGCCAACCACAGACAGUGAACAGGAUUGAUGGCAGCCUGGCAAGCUUGAUAUCGACGGCUUAAACUGUUGAGUAAAUAAAAUGGGAGAAUCAAUUGCUGAGUAACGUGAUCCGGUUCCACCUGCGAGGCGCCAACAGAACCGAGGAGGAGGUCGGGAAGUGAACAUCCGGGGAGCAAUGGCGGCCGGAUCUCUCAGAGAUGUUGACAUAUCUGGACUAAACAAAGCAAAAAUCUGCGACAGGAAGUUCCAUUAAGCAGGUGUCCAUUAUCCUCCUCCAUUUCCUGACUGCGGUCGGCACACGACAGCGCCAGAAAGGCAAACACAUUACCGACUUCCAUGUGAAGCUUAAUGGAACAAGCUCCCCCGAGAGAGGAGGGUAAUUACCUCCUGCCUAGUCGGCGAUGAGCCGGCGCUCGAGAUGACCGACGGCGUCGUCACUGUUUGUGCUGUGGAUUUUUGUUUUCACCUGAAGCCCCUGGAAGACGCCCAGCACAGGGUUACACAGGGUGAGAGACACGACCUCAGCCCAGUUAUUCAAACACAAACAACAGGAAACUUCACAGCAGAACUGAGAGACACAGCGAUGGCUGGAACCUAAAACCCACGGCAAGAAGGUGAACUUGUUUAGAGGCACUGUUUUUGAUGAUGCAUGAAUAAACAACGUCACGCCUGAGAGGGACAUGUUCUUAAUGAAAGUUUAUCUUGAGUCCUUUUUAAGUGUUGGCUCUUUUGCCCUUGCUUCCACAUGUCUCCAUCAGAGGGCGCUGUUCCUCAACCGUGA